AUGGCUAUGGCUUUCUUUGAAUACUGGAUUGAAACAAAGAUGUCAGCCCUAAAGUAAAACAUUUCUCAAGGAUCUGAUUUGGGAACACAAACAAAAAGUGUCAUGAUGGAGAGAGGACUGCACUGGGAGGGCAGAAGUUCCACAGAGAAGAUGCAGAAUAAAUGUGAGGAAUGUGGGAAAGUCUUCAAAUAGUCCUCCUUUAUUAGCCACCAGAAAAAUCAUGCUGGUGAGAAACCCCAUAAAUGUACAGAAUGUGGGAUAACCUUUAUGAGCAGCUCAUCCCUUUUAAAUCACCAUAAAAUUCACAUAGGCAAGCAACCUUACAGAUGUAUUGAAUGCGGGAAGUUCCUUAAGAAGCACUCAACAGUUCUUAAUCAUCAGAAAAUUCAUUCUAGAGAUAAACCUCAUAAAUGCAAUGAAUGUGGAAAAGCUUUCAGAAAGAACUCUAUCCUUUUAAGUCAUCAGAGAACUCAUACUGGUCAGGAACCCUACAGAUGUAAUGACUAUGGGAAAGCCUUUGCUCAGAAUGCAGCCCUUACUCGUCAUGAAAGAAUACAUAAUGAAGAGAAGCCUUUUAAAUGUAAUGAAUGUGGGAAAGCUUUCAGGGAUAACUCAACUGUGUUGGAACAUCAGAAAAUCCACACUGGUGAGAAACCAUAUUGGUGUAAUGAACGUGGAAAAGCCUUUAGGAAGAGUUCAACUCUUAUUAGUCAUCAAAGAAUGCAUACAGGAGAGAAACCGUAUCAGUCUAGUAAGUGUGGAGAGUCUUUUAGAUAUAGCUCAUCUUUUGCUGUACAUCAGAAAACUCAUAGUGGAAAUAAACCCUAUCAGUGUAAUGAUUGUGGGGAAGCCUUUAUGAAGAGCUCAACCCAUAUUGGACAUCAGAUAACCCAUAGUGGAGAAAAACCGUAUCACUGUGAAAAAUGUGGGAAAUCCUUCAGGCAAAGCUCUGGCCUUAUUGAACAUGAGAGAAUCCAUACUGGAGAAGAAUGUAAUGAAUGUGGGAAGGCUUUUCCUCAGAGCUCGGUCCUCAAACAACAUAAGAAAAUUCAUAACAGAAAGAGCACCCAGAUGUAG